UUAAAUAUUUAUUUCCCACUUUACUUGAUUUUUAAAAUAUAUAUAAAAAAGCUUAAAAUUCCGCACGUGCUAAACAAGUGUAGAAAUACAAAAAGCCUUGUUGUCUUUGUGGACCAUAGUGGUAAAAAAUAACCAUUUCAUAUCAGUAACAUACUGAUAUGAAAUGUGUUUUCUCUUUCACAUAUAAAGAGACGAUAUUAUCACAUCGAUAAACACAACUUUAAGACGGUUGUCAGCUCUGAACUGCUGCAGUGACGUUCACCAGACGGACCAUUAUAGACCCGUAGGAUUUUAAUCUGAGGUCGAUCGCGUCUGUGUCGGUGAUAGGGCAUAAUUAGGGAAGACUGAUGUCAAAGAGCCAUGUGGGAUCUGCAGGAAUCUUAGGAGGAAUUCAAUGGAAGUGUAUUAAUGAUGGCUGGGAUGUCGGAGUGCACUGUUCAUCAUCAGAGCCUCGGUACUUCACUGCAGCUCCCUGUGGGGAUAUUACUGUACUUCUCCAGAGCACCUUCAGUGAGACAUCAAUCCAGCAACACAGCCUUAUGUUAUUAUGGGCUGUUUCCGAGUGGCCGAGCUGUGGAGCCGGUGCUGCGCGCUUUCUUAUGUUAAUGCAGGUCUGACAUCAGCAGUGAGAUCAAAGCAGGGCAGGGUACUUAGAGACGAGACUGCCCCGACUCACUCACACACACUCUCUCACUCACUCACUGUGAGCUCACACACUCGUACAAGCACUUUCCCUCUGACACACACUCACACACACCAUGCGUACCUGUGCGGAGCUACUCUACGACCCUGAGCUGGAUUUUACUUUCCAAACAGACUAGAAGAGGCUUUACACAGAACCCCCAUCCACCCAGCCUGGAGAGGAUACUUGACUACUUUUUCUUCACCUGCUUUACCUCCUGUUUUUUUUUUUAAUUCUACUAUUUGAAGUGUUCGGCGCAGCUGUAAAGGCUUUAGAAGAAGAGGCCGUGCCAUGAGCGCUGAGUUCUGAGUCUGAAGCGAGACGCCCAACGCUGCUUUGUCCUUUUCGUCUUGUGUAAUCUGGAGCUACAGUCCAACCAUGAGGAGUAGCUCUCAUGUCCUGCCUCUCUGUGUGCUCACGGCUCUGCUGCUGUCUCAGGUCUGCUCUGGCAUCAAAUGGCUAGCACUGUCACAUGUUCCUGCAUCUUUACACGUCAACCAGACUAAUCACUGUAAGCUGCUGCCUGGUCUGGUGUCCUCCCAGGCUCAGCUGUGCCGCAGCAACCUGGAGCUCAUGCAAACCAUCGUUCAAGCUGCCCGCGAGGUCAAGAAAACGUGUCAGAAAACCUUCGCCGAUAUGCGCUGGAACUGUUCUUCCAUUGAGAUCUCCUCUGAUGCGGCAAAAUAUCGUCCAGACCUUGACAGAGGAACGAGGGAAGCUGCCUUCGUCUAUGCCCUGUCUGCUGCAACCAUCAGCCACACUAUAGCCAGAGCAUGCACCUCUGGAGACCUGCGUCUGUGCUCCUGUGGUCCAAUCCCAUCGGAGAUCCCAGAACCCGGCUAUCGCUGGGGUGGCUGUGCUGAUAACCUACACUUCGGUUUAUUGAUGGGCUCAAAGUUCUCUGAUGCCCCCAUGAAAAUGAAACGCUCAGGCUCGCACGCUAACAAACUCAUGCAUCUGCACAACAGUGAAGUGGGCAGACAGGCACUCAGAGAGGCGUUGGUUAUGAAAUGUAAAUGCCACGGUGUCUCCGGCUCCUGCUCCAUAAGAACCUGCUGGAGAGGACUGCAAGACUUGAGGGAAAUCGCCAUGGACCUGAAGACCAAGUACCUGUCGGCCACCAAGGUGGUUCACAGGCCCAUGGGGACACGCAAGCAGCUGGUGCCAAAGGACAUCGACAUCAGACCAGUGAGGGAGAAUGAGCUAGUCUACCUGCAGAGCUCCCCAGACUUCUGUACCAAGAAUGAGAAGCAGGGCUCCGUUGGCACACAGGACAGGCAGUGCAACAAAACAUCCCUGGGCAGCGACAGCUGUGACCUGAUGUGCUGUGGACGGGGGUACAACCCGUACUCAGAGAAGCUGGUGGAGCGCUGCCACUGCAAGUACCACUGGUGCUGCUACGUCACCUGCAAGAAAUGUGAGCGGAUCGUAGAGCGAUACGUCUGCAAAUGAGUCCUCGCCUGCUAACAGCCACACCAGGUCCUCCACAUGUACUCAGCCACACCAGGCUCCAGAUUAACCAAAGCACUACAAAUACAAAGGAGGCUUAAUCCCGCCGAAGCUUUAGCAUGUGUAUCGCUACAAGGAACGUUUUUUUUUUCUUGCAUCAGUAUCAUUUUUGUAUCAGAUCUACCAGCUGCCAAUCAGGCUUCUUCUUCUUCUGGAUGGCAAACCUGGAUGUGGAGAGCGUGGUGUGUCAGUCGAAUCAAGUGAAGACGCCGUCCUCAUAUUUUUUUUUUGUUUUGUCAUGUAAAUGAAAAUACAUUUCCCUCACCAGGGAUAUUGAAAGUUUAUUUUAUUAUGUCUAUUAAAAGAAAUUAUAUUGAAUUUUAUGAUGGAGGAGAGGAUUUUCUUUUUUCCUCACUAGAGACUUUUUUUUAUUCCAUGGAGUUGGAAGUUUCUGGUGGAACUAUGUGGUACUUUUUUUAAAAGGUACUAUUAGAACUUUUUCCUCAGCAGGAGAAUGGACAAUAGAGGAAAAUGGAACACAAAGGGAACUUUAAGUACUUUUAAGUCAUGGAACAUUUUUGUGGUUGACUCCCACCAUGGAUCCAGUGUGGAUCAUGACGUGCCUGCAUCCCUGUGGAAUGAGAGCGGACAAUAACGAGCUUGGAGAAGUGAUGCAUUAUCUCUUUUAUGUCUGACUGACGUGCAGGCAGCUCCAAUAUAUAUUCUAUUUUUUAGAGCAUAUGAGCUGAACUCAUGGAAUUUGUAAACCACUUCUCUGUGGAUGUACAUACUGUUAUUUUGUAUACUGAAAUAAAGAAAGAAAUAUUUAUAAAAUAA